CGCCACCCACCGCCACCGUCCUCCCCAGCCCCUCUCUCGUUCCAUUCUCUCAUACCCCUAAAAGCUUGCCGGCUCUCUCUUUAUCUAUACCGUUGUAGCAUAUCCAAAAAGCACACACAAUGGGUCGCCCUCUCUUCUCCCGCGCCCACCAGACCCCUGUCGUGCACGUCGAGCCCGAGCACCCCACCUACGAGAAAUGGUCCUACUGGAACCCCUUCGACCCCGACUCGGACGAGUUUUUCGAAAACGAGAACGCGGUCUAUGAGGCGCCCGUCGACCCCAGCGAGGCGCGCUUCGAGCGUGACGUGGAGAUUGGGCGGAGGAUUGUGGUUGUCGAGAACAGCAGCUCUAGCGAGGCAAGCUCCAGCGAUGCGAGCUCCAGCGGACGUGCCAGCCCCGCCAGCGACACCGACGCCGGUCCCUUCUCUAUCGAAAACGUCACCCUUGUCCGCCGGCGCGCGGAGUGGCCGCAGAGUUCGCAGGCCGAGGGAGAGCCUGAGGAUGGGUACCGCAUUCUCGCCGAGGGCAACCGCCGGCGCAACGCGCCACUUGCUUACAGGGAGACCGCUCAGCGUAUGCGCGAAUCCUCGCCGCGUCGCGGCGUGAUCCAGGGCUUGGUGGAUACCACACCCUCAUCGAGGCCCUUUUCUCCACAGGGCGAAGCCGGGCCUGAUCUUCCCGCUCCUAUGGAGUCUUUCGAGCGACGCGAUGGUGACCUUCCUCGCGAGGACUCUCUGUCGUCCCCGAUCGACGCCGGGCCUGUGUUUCUCCCGCCUCUCUCGCCUAUCAUUCUCGCGCCCUCCCGCCCUUCCACACCCCCAAACCAGACGUCGCCCCUCUACGGGUCGCCUUCACCUCCGCCCUCUGUCACGCCGCGGCUAUACACCUGGGCACCGCCGCCACACGCAUCGUACCCUACGUCGCCCGCGCCCUCGCGGCCCUUCUUAAAUCGCACCGCCCGCCUAUCCAUGGACCACAUCCCGCCUUCGCCCACGCGCUCGCUCGUCCCCGUCGACCGCAUGGUCGGCCGCGCGCGUCGCACUGCUGCCUAGAUUACACGCGGCCCAUGAGCACACGCUGUGCUGUAGUUUGUCCCGGCUUUAUCGUUACUCUUGUCUAGUCUUCCUCCCGCUCGUUCAGAUCUGUUUAUUGGGGCUCUGCUGGAUGGACGUUCCUGGUCGACAUGCUUUGCUGCAGUGUUAGCUGUACUACUCCUGCGUAGAUGGCCCAUAGACGUACUCUUGUGAUACGAUGCUACGCUAUCGAAUAUGAAUCAUGGCUUAUGAUUCUUCUCGUG